AUGGUCGGCCCCGGGGCAUGCUGGGACGCCGAGUCUCCCGGGCCGCCGCGGAUUAUGACGGGACUUGUGGUCCUCCUGAGGGGCCAUGGUCGGCCCCGAGGCAUUCUGGGACGCCGAGGCCCUCGAGACUCGAGGAGAGCCCUGCCCGGCCCCGAGGCAUUCUGGGACAGCGAGUCUCUCGGGCCGCCGCGGAGCACGCCGGGACUCAUGGUCCUCCUGGGGAGCCAGGGUUGGCCCCGGGGCAUUCUGGGACGCCUAGUCUCUCGGGCCGCCUUAGAGCAUGCCGGGACUCUUGCCGCCGCCGCGGAGCAUGCCGGGACGCGUGGUCCUACUGAGGAGCCCUGGCUGGCCCCGGGGCAUUCUGGGACACCGAGUCUCUCAGUCCGCACGAGGUUGGGGCAGCCGCGGAGCGCGCCGGGACCUGUGGGCGUCCUGAACAACCCUGGCCGGCCCCGGGGCAUUCUGGGACACCGUAGGGCCGCGGAGCAUGCCGGGACUCGUGGUCAUUCUGGGGACAACGGAAUUCUGUUUGUUCCCCGGAGAGAAAACUUCCAGCUCAUGGAUCUUGGAACCCAGGAGAAGUUCGAUUUCGUCCUGGUCUCUGACCUGAGCAAGAACAGCAAUAAGAAGGACGUCAAGAGGAGGAGGUUUUUCGACGAACUGAGCAGGAAAGGUUUCACCAUCAAGAAAAUUGAAGACCAGAACAAAAUGUUCUACGGCAUCCGGGCGGGAAGCGGCCUCUUUCACCAGUACCAGGGGCUCCUCAAGCAGCCAGACUGCAUCCCCCAGCCCCCCGGGGGGCUGGGGGACGAUGUGCCGGAGACCACCAGAAUCCGAAUCGUCAACUUCAUCCUGACGAAGAUGGUGGUGGACGAAGAAAGGCUAGAAGAUCUGAUCCAGCAUCACGUCUUUGAAACCAAGUUCCCCCUGCACAAGGAGGGCAGGACGGCCAGCUCCGGCUGGCAGAGGGAGGGAGACCGGGCCCAGGGGUCCGCCUGGAAGACGGGUUGGUUCCGGGGCCUGUUCUUCCCGUGGAAGAUUGACGACAUCAGGGACUACUUUGGGGAGAAGGUGGCUCUGUACUUCGCCUGGCUGGGCUGGUACACGCUCAUGCUGUUGCCCGCCACCCUGGCCGGACUCAUCACCUUCUUCAGCGGCUUCUCCCUCUUCCACGCCAGUCAGAUCAGCAUUGAGAUCUGCCAGGCCAACGAAACCAUCAUGUGCCCCCUCUGCGACCAGAACUGCCCAUACUGGCGGCUCUCGGACAUCUGCACCUUCUCCAAGAUCACCCACCUGUUCGACAACGAGGGCACCGUGAUCUUCGCCAUCCUGAUGGCUUUGUGGGCCACCGUGUUUCUGGAAUUGUGGAAACGGCAGCGGGCCCAAGACGUCUCCGGCUGGAACCUCUACCUUUGGGACCAGGAUGAGGAGGAGUUGGCCCUGGAACUCAUCAACAGCUCCGACCACCAAUCGCCCGGAUACCAGCACUCCUACCUGCGCAGCUCUGUCGUCCUGUUCCUGUCCCUGAUCAUGAUCUGCCUGGCGAUCGGCAUCGCCCAAGCGCUGGUCGUCUACCGCGUCCUGUCCGUCGCCUUCUUCAGCAACUCCCAGUGGGACUUCCUGAGGCAGCAGGCCAACACCGUGGCCAUCGUCACCGGCGCGUUGGCCCACUACCUCACCAUUAUCCUCAUGACCAAGGUGAACAGGCUGGUGGCUCUCAAGCUCUGCGCCUACGAGAAGCAGCGGAACUUCUCCGAGCGCGAGAACAGCUUCACCGUCAAAUUCUUCACCUUCCAGUUCUUCACCCACUUCUCCUCCCUCAUCUACACCGCCUUCUUCUUGGGCAGGAUAAACGGUCACCCCGGAAAAUACGUGCGCAUCGCUGGCCAGUGGAGGCUGGAGGAGUGCCACCCGAGCGGCUGCAUGAUGGACCUGUUUGUGCAGAUGGCCGUCAUCAUGGGCCUCAAACAGACUCUGAACAACUGCGUCGAGUAUUUAGUCCCGUGGCUGAAACACCGCUUCCGGCAGCUCCGGGGGUCCCCCCAGGGCAAGGGAAGCGGGGAAAUGGGCAAGGAGAGCGAGGUGGACUCGUGCCUGGAGCAGUGGCUGGACAACUACGUUCUCAACGAAAUCAACGUCUUCAGCCUCUUCGACGAGUUCAUGGAGAUGAUGAUCCAGUACAGUUUCACCACCAUCUUCGUGGCCGCCUUCCCGCUGGCUCCUCUGCUGGCCCUCUUCAAUAACCUCGUGGAGAUCCGGCUGGACGCCUUCAAGAUGACCCGGCUUCAGAGGCGCCUCGUGCCCCGGAAGGCCAAGGACAUCGGGAUCUGGCUGCAGGUCCUGGAGGCCAUCGGGGUCCUGGCCGUCAUCGCCAACGGGCUGGUGAUCGCCUUCACUUCGGAGUUCAUCCCCCGCCUCGUCUACAAGUACCGCUACGGGCCGUGCCGGGACCGGGCCACGGACAACUGCCUGAUGGGCUACGUCAAUCACAGCCUCUCCGUGUUCUACAUCAAAGACCUCCAGGACUCCAAGGGCUUCCAAGAAUCCAAUUCCGAACAUCCCGGGAAUAUCACCGAAUGCCGGUACCGUGAUUACCGAAACCCCAACGAUUACGAUUUCUCCGAACAGUUCUGGUUCAUCUUGGCCAUCCGGCUGGCUUUCGUGAUCAUCUUCGAGCACGUGGCUCUGUGCAUCAAGCUGGUGGCGGCCUGGUUCGUGCCCGACGUCCCGCAGUCGGUGAAGAACGACCUCCUGAGGGAGAAACAGUGCGGCCUGAUGAAGAGAUUGAGCUCCAGGUGUACGGACGUGUAGCCGCCGGCCGGAGAGGUGAUGCCCGUCGGAAGCCACGAGGCCUGGUCAUCCCCACCCCUGGGCUGUUCACGUCUCUCCCCAAGACGGGACGUCUCUGUGCCGAAGCCACGGGGAAACGAGGAAGGGUUUCGGGGAGGGUCUGCAGG